AUGUUUUGGGCGACUCUUGGGUUUGGUAACAACCCACCUAGGGGCUCCAACAUUGUACCUGCGCCGGGAAACUCAGCCUUCGGGGCUAUGCCGGUAGCGCCAACCUCUUCCGUAUGUCGACAGGUGCAUAUUCGGCCCGAGCAUUAUGUUGUCUUUGGUCUUCAAGGAAGUCUCGGGGUAACAAAAAUGACGGAUAUCUCAGAAAAGCUCUCAGAAAUAGAGCGGAAUAUUCAGGAAGGUGAAACAAUGCUAACUGUACUUCGUAGACUACCUGAAUCCGAGGAAACCAAUGAUCAGAUCAAACGCUUUCAGGAAUUAGUGCGACAACUUGAAGAAUACAAAGAAAGAUAUAAGGCUCUCCAGGAGACAAAGCCGUCAUCACCACCUCCUAAGUCGCAUCUAUCACACGACGAUCACGAAUGCACUUCACCUGUACUCUACUCGAAGGAUGGUUCGGUAUCUAGUAGGGCAACAAAUACUGAUGCACCCGAAAAUAGUGAGCAGUUAGCUGGCAGCUAUAAUAUUGAACCAUCGGAAUGGCGCUUGCACUACGAGAAUCAAACGCGGCAACUUUCGUCCAUGUUGUCUCAAAUCGCUCGUUUCCAGGAGAUGGUUGGUCGUCUUUCGAAUCUUGUUAUCGGCUUGGAUAUGACUGAGGCAGUAAAUCUUCUAAGUGAUGUUGGUCAGCGCUUCACAGAGGUCCACUUGAGACUUCUUUCACUGCAAACGGCCUACGAGGCAGUUUGUAAUGGCGAAGACCCAUCCAAUGGCUUUAAGGCCACUCAACUCAAGGAUUUGCGUGGUUUCCUGAUAAGUCUCGGAAGGAGCCUGGAGGUGACUAAGGAGUGUUUCUUUACGGUUGCAAGCAUCGUUAGGAAGACUCUUCAUGAAUCAAGUGCUAGUGACGCAUCCAGUGAUCAAACUGCUAAUGGGUUAAGUCAGCCGGUACCACCUGCAUUGAAUCCAGAACCCGGUGAACCCGAGACCGUCUCUGCUGCUGCACCGACAGUUGGGGCUCUGCCUAAUGAAGAGGAAUCAGACUAUUCAAAGAAACAAAAGCGUGUGGAACUUACAAUCGCACAGCUAUACAAACAAAGGGAAGCACUUCUCAACCAAUUGGCUGAAGCUCGUGCAAAAGCUAAUGGUAGUACCUCAUCAUCAAAGGACGGGUGUGGAAACACUUCAGAGCUCAUUUCAAGUGCCCCGUUCUCCAGUGUUGAUCGCACUAGUAACAAACAUGCUUCGACGUCGUUAUCGAGCGCUGACGCCGCUGCGAGUGAUCCUCUCCCAAUUUUGAAGCGUCUACAGGCUCGAAAAGAACACCUGGAAGAGCUAAGAGGUGAACUUCGCUCCUUUACCUUUCCGAACGGGGAUGAAGCGCCACCUCAAGCAGUCACUUCGACUGCUUCUGAGAUCAACAGACAGCUCACAUCUCUGUCUUCCAAUGUAUUACAAGCCUCAGGUGUUUCUAUUAAGGUGCCACCGCCACGUCCGCGUACAUCGCCUCACGUUACCGUCAAAACCUCGGCUACUGGCAUUGCUACAUCUAAUCUUGCCAGUGCUGAAGCCUCUCUGCCGACCUCUUUCCUCGCUUCUGAGCCGCCAACUCCUCGUCACAGUACCCAGGACAUCUCUUCUGUUGCCAGUAAUGAUAGUGAUGUCGUUACCCAGAAAUGUGAGGUUGUUACUUUCCAAGAGCCGGAGGCGACUUAUCUAGAUAACACGGAGCGCCUGUAUGAGAGCAUGAGGGAGGCACGCAUUUGGCGCGAAGAGCACCGAAAAGCGCCGACUGACUCACCGGUUGGCGAUAAGGCGGGAGACAUGACGAGCACCAACGGCCGUCUGAGGAAUGGUGGCCUCUCUGAGUCCACCAGUUGCAUAGAUGCCACAGCGAUGGCCACGUGGGGUGGUGACUCUGACCGCGAGGGCAACGACAUAGAAGACGUUAUGGUGGUUGGUGGCGAGUACAUUGAAGAUGUUCCUAGUAUUGUUAGCUCCAGGAGCAGUCGAGCGAAUAGACGCUUCAUUACCACCAGCGCGUGCUCAGUCAACGACGGAGAUGGCAGCUCUUCGCGUGGUUGUCUCGGAGUGCACACCGACCCACAAGAGUCUAGCGUAGGUAUCAGUCUACCUCACUUGGGUCACAGCCCUUCACCUCGCACGGGAGGGUCGAGGACGGUAACAACGACAAGGCCUCCGCAACGGCGCCAAACUUCUCGUCCUUCUCAACCAAGCCACAGAGGGAUGGCAGAAUCCUCUUUCGAGGAGUAUGCUCUCACUAAAUCCCUCGCUGCAAAAAUAGUAAACCUGGAGUUCAAAGUCGAGCAACUGACACAGACCUGUCAACUACUGGUCACCGAAAAUGCUCGUCUCAGCUCAGCUCUCUCUGUGCUCUUGGCGAGUCAGCGCCUACCUCCUAUCGCCGGUGCUGCCAACUCGGAUUGGCCGGCCUCUUCCCACAGCGGGGCAGCUUUCGCCAACUUGCAACAGCCUUUACUCUCCAUCCCCACCGGUGGUCUCUUCUUUUCACCAGUGCCGCCCUUCCGACCAUCCGAUAGUGCCAGUGGUCUCCCUUCUGUUCAGUCUCUAGCUCCAGCCCCUCUCACGCCCACCCUGCAUGCACAGCCUUCGCCAUCUCUUGAGAAGGCUUUGGACCAAGUGCAGAUGCUGACGGCUCAGGUGAUUGAGCAGCACUCACGUAUGAAUCAGCUUCAAAAUGAUCUGCAUGUGGCUCUUCAACAGCAACAGCAGCAUUUUGCUGGUGGUGGUGACGUGGUUAGCGUCAAUCAGCACCUGGCCUCUGCCUUAGGAUUGCGAAGCUACCAAACGCCGACGCAGCCGUCUUCGGGUCAGGGCACGGGCCGGGACUCCUACCAGCCACAGGUGGCUGGCCUCUCCUCACUGAUGGCACUACAGGCCACCACCGAUCUACAGUCUCGCCAGCCUUCUGCUGGACGUCCUCCCGCCAAAUUUGACUGGUCAGCCCUUUACUUGAAACCUUAG